UGCCUGCUGCGCAUCUGCUUGUCUGUCUGGAGCUCUUCCAGAGAGCUCGCUCUGCGUAAAGCAAAGGGCAGAGAAGCAGGUGCUUACAGAGGCGUGGCACCAUACCUUCGCUUACUACUUGUGCGGGAGGCCUUGACAAAGGUUUUUGUUGAGGCGAGGCAGACAGGCAAUCCCAUUACUACUCAAGAGCUUCUUCUUCCGUUGGUGUCCUUCACAAGGCAGAGACGUGGGACACGGAGGAGACCAACGGAGACUGAGGUGAGGGGGGAGUGAUCUUCUUCUCUCUUUCAUACCAUUCCAUUCCAGUCCAUUCCCGUCUGCGCCCUCCUGCUCUUGCAUCUCGUCGCCGCUCUGCUCUGCUCGGCUCUGCUCUGCUCUGCUCCUCUUCUCGGUCGUGUCGGAAGCAAGCAAGCAAGCAAGGGAGGCAGGCAGGGAGGCCAGGGCGGAAGGGAGAGAUCCGGGGCGGGUGGGCGAGCGGAACGAGUAGGACCCAGGCACGCAUUGGGGCGGCUCCCAUAUAAUUGCUCGUUUUGUUCAAUCCCAUUGCUGUAUUGUGCACCAUCAUCUCAAUCCCAGUCCGUGAAGUGGAGUGAAGUGAGGGGGGGAUUCGUGUGAGCUGCUCUCUUUUCAUACAUACAUACGUACAUUCGUUCUCGCGGUCCUUCCAUCGUCGGACGCUGCUGCUGCUGUUGGUGCGCUCGGGGGAUCGGCGGCGGCGCCCAUCGUCCUCGUCCUGCUCUGCAGUCGGUCGGCCGGUCGAUCAGCGCCUCGAUUGCCCUCGUUCUGCACUGCACUGCGCUGCCGCUGCCGCUGCCGCACGGACGAGGAGUGGACUCGUCGAGCUGUGUGUGUCUGAGUGUGAGAGUGUGCGUGAGUCGAGCUUGCUGCCAGGGCGGGCCAUGGCUGGGAACUAUAUAGUGGAAAAUAAGUCAUCUCUUUGAUGCACCAAGCGUCGGUGGUAUAAGAGCAAAGUGUGAGUGAGUGAGUGUGUGUUUCUGUGUGUGUGCGUGUGUGUGUGUCUCAGCUCUUCGGUCCCGCAUCAGCUGCGUGCACACACACUCCCGGAGGUCAGCCACCGCGUAACAAAGAAAACAAAGGUCGGAGGAGUGGAGGAGCGGAGCUGGGAAAGCCAAUGCAGGUCGAGUCGAGCACCGGGAGAUGAACAGAGAUAGCGGGAAUAUGAUACAGGACUGCGCAUCGGGAUUUUAGACAUCUUAAGUGGAUCAUCCUCUGGCCCUUAGAGAACAGUUAUGCCCUGCACGCCCCUCGCUGCACCGACACUCGCGUGAUCGUCGGUGACCAUGACAUUGGAGUGUUGAUGCUUCUGAGAUCACCACAUUGACUCCGCGGGGGAGUUGUGUGCGUCUGUCGUCGGGCGACCAAUUCUGCACGACCUCUGAUUUUCCGGACCGGGGCCCGGUGCAGGCAUGGCUCGUCUGGGGUCUGAAUUCAAGAGUUUGGUCCAACCCGCCGCCAACGAAGAUGUGGUCGAGACCCUGUCCAGUCUAUGGAUGCGCCUCCGCGCGCCGGUCAUUGCGCCCAUGGUGCAAUUCUCCAUCAAUGUGUGCUUAGUUAUGGUGUUCAUGCUCUUCAUGGAGAGGAUAUAUAUGUGCACGGUGCUCUUCUACGUGAAGCUGUUCCGGAGGACUCCCAACAAGAUGUAUAAGUUCGAACCUAUGAAGGACGACGUAGAGCUCGGGAACUCUCAUUACCCCAUGGUUUUGGUCCAGGUUCCCAUGUAUAAUGAGAGAGAGGUGUUUCAGCUCUCCAUAGGGGCAGCUUGCGGCCUCGCGUGGCCCGCGGAUCGGAUUAUAAUUCAAAUUUUGGACGAUUCUACGGACCCCGAGAUUAAGUCCAUGGUACAAGCAGAGUGCCAACGCUGGGCUGGAAAGGGAAUCAACAUCAAGUAUGAGGUGAGGCCGAACAGGGUGGGGUACAAGGCUGGAGCUCUUCGCGAGGGGAUGAAGCGCAGCUACGUGCGAUUGUGCGACUAUGUUGCCAUUUUCGAUGCCGAUUUCCAACCCGAGUCGGACUUCCUCAACCGAACCAUCCCAUAUCUUGUGCACAAUGCGGACGUCGGCCUCGUGCAGGCGCGCUGGAAGUUCGUGAACGGAGAUGAGUGCCUGAUGACCAAGAUGCAAGAGAUGUCUUUGAACUUUCACUUCUCAGUCGAGCAAACCGUGGGAGCUUGCGCUUACGCUUUCUUCGGAUUCAAUGGAACGGCUGGUGUGUGGAGAAUUCACGCCUUGAACGAGGCAGGAGGAUGGAAGGACAGAACCACUGUCGAGGAUAUGGAUUUGGCCGUCAGAGCUGGAUUGAAAGGAUGGAAAUUUGUGUACCUUAACGACCUUGAGGUUAAGAACGAGCUUCCAUCCACAUUCAAGGCCUACCGUUACCAACAACACAGGUGGUCAUGCGGUCCCGCCAACCUCUUCCGCAAGAUCGUGCCCAACAUCGUCGCCAACAAGAAAGUCAGGCUCCUCAAGAAGUUCCACAUGGUCUACUCUUUCUUCUUCGUCCGCAAGAUCGUCGCUCACAUCGUCACCUUCAUCUUCUACUGUGUGGUCAUUCCCACCGCGGUUCUCGUUCCCGAGUGUGACUUGCCCGUGUGGGGAGCCAUCUACGUGCCCACCUUUAUCACCUUCAUGAAUGCCGCCGCCACCCCCAGGUCUCUGCACUUGCUAGUGUUCUGGAUUCUUUUUGAGAACGUUAUGUCGAUGCAUAGAACGAAGGCAACUUUCAUCGGUCUGUUCGACGUGGGCAACGUAAAUGAAUGGAUCGUGACGGAGAAGUUGGGAAGCUUGGUCAAGUACAAAACGAUGCCGAAGGCUAACAACAAGAAGUGGCUGUUCCUGACUCUCUUGCCUAAGGGAUUCAAGCUGGGAGAGAGGAUACACGUCCUUGAGCUGAUUAUGGGAUGUUACCUACUUUUCUGCGCAUCCGUUGACUUCUUCUUCGAGGGAAAGAACCACUUUUACAUAUACCUGUUCUUGCAGUCCAUGGCCUUUUUUGUCAUGGGAUUUGGAUAUAUCGGUACUAUUGUACCUCAUUAGGUCUUCUUCUGCCCUUUCUCUCUGCCUGCCCUCGUGGUGGUCCGUAAUCUAGCGGCCGACACAAGUCUGGCUGCUAGCAUACUGGAAACGUUGCUCGCAAAUCAACUGUACAUUGUCCGGGCAUAUUGCCUCCUCAACAUACAUGUGAUCCAGCCCUGUUCCAAGUAAUUCUUCUCCGUCCAUUAUUGAAAAGCGAAUCUUAUGCUCUCUUAUUCUUCUCCAACGAAUAGAAGCCCAGUAUUUGUGCAACCCGUGUCUGCUUCCGGCCUCUGAGAGUGGAGAGUAGUAUUAAAGGAGUCGUCUGUACACUGACUUUUUCUCCUUCAUCCGUGUCACCGAGUGAGCAGCACAGGUUGCCCUCUUCAUCGUCACGCUCAGUUCAGUAUAUAUGCUCAGUUACAGGCAUAUCAUUCAUAUCAUCAAUAUAUUCGACCGACCGACAGGUAUCUUGGGUCUUAGGGUUCAACAACUCAACAAUGCGCCUGCGCAGGAAUCAAGCAAGCAGAUCAUCAAGUACGUCAAGUCUUCAAGAAGAAUCUUCUGGACCAGUGCAGUGGUCAAGAUCAUCAUUUCUCUAACUUAAUCUUUACAUUACCCCACUUAGUGGCACUUGCAUUGCUUGCAGGGAGCGCCCGCCUCUCUGCCUUCAGAAAAUACCUUAGCAGUGUCAAAAAUGUGGCAGUAGACAAUAGCAAUACGAUCUAGAGAUACUUCAUCCAUCAGAAACCCAAUGUCGUUUGUAACAUUCGAGAGUGAUGUGAGUCUCUUGUCAAUUUAUUAGCUAGCUAGGCGAGCGAGUAAUUAUGGUCCACUGCUCCCACUCCAUGCACCCCCUCUGCGGUCCCGCUCUCCUUCUCCUCUAGGCUCUAGGUCGAGGACAGAUGUGAGUUGGAUUCUGAGCCGGAGUGUGUCAUGCAUUUGUGGGAUCAUGUCGGCCUUCUAGUUCCUAGUGGGAGUUUAACGAAUCGAGAUGCCACUGCUUGUACAAGGGGGAUCAUCGUAUCGUUCCCAGCGACGAAGAAUCAAUUGAUGAAGUUAUUGGUGUUAUGAUCCAUCCUAUCCUCCGACUGAUGGCGGUGGCGGUGUCUCUGAGUUCUUUCUUAGAUAUGCAAAACGUUGUUAGUCAGAUCAGUUGAGUUCCAUUGAGUUCAGUCCAGACCAGUACAGUUCCAUUGAGUGCUCCCCAUUAUUAUUGCCGAGGAAUCUUCACAAGUAUGAACUUCCUCCUCCAUCCAUUUCAUGAAUCCACUGCCGUAGAUCUUUGUUACUCAGAGAUGGUACCAAAAUUUAGCGAACGCCAUCUUAGCAAAGCUCGUGCUAGCAACAUUUAACAUAUCUUGAGAAAAUUCAUUUUCCACGU